GGCAGUUUAUAUAUAUAUAAAUCAGCAUCUCAACCGUAACUUCCGUGCUUGUAAUCCCCUAUCAUCUCAUCAUCUCCAUCGAAAAUGCCUUCUUCUCUCAACAUCCCCAAGCUGCCAUAUUUCGCUCCCGAGAAACACCUACCCGCCCCUCUGCCCGACCCCGAAUCUCUCCGGGAAGACCAAUACCCGCUCGAUAUUCUCAGAGGGGUUCGUGUCGGCAAGCAUUACCUAGCCAGGUAUGGACUAGACCCCGUCGCCGGCCCCCUCGAGGCCGUAAACAUGCUCCUCGUUAGCAAGUAUACAAAGGUCCCUAUCCCGACUGUAUACGCGGCCUACUGGCACGAGCACCACGGCGUCUGGAGCUUCGUCAUGGUCACGGAGUACGUUCCGGGCCACACCAUCAGGGAACACGUCGGCAACGACGAGGCUCGCCUAAAGCCGCUAGUCCCUUCCAUCACCGAGCAGCUUCGCCGCGCUCUCGCGCAGCUGCGGCGCAUCCCGCACGCCGGCUUCUACGGCCCCGUGGGCGACGACCCGGCGCUGCGUUCCAAGCAGUUCGGGACUGCGGCCGAGGUGCGGAACGCGCGUUUCGACGAAUACAUACCGGAGUAUCCUUACGAGCCCGACUACGAAUCGAAGCGAUACAUGAGGAGGCGGGCGGCCGCAAAGAAGCAGUUCUGCAAGGGCCUGUCCACGGGCGAUGCGCCGGUCUUCACCCACGGCAGGCUGGACAUGUGGGCGAUAAAAGUGCGGCCGGACGGCAACAUCUGCAUCACUAAUUGGCGCGCUGCAGGGUUCUAUCCGCCCGAGUUUGAGUAUAUGCGAGCCGAGAGUAUGGGACAGGGUUAUGAGGUGUGGAAUGACAUCCUGGCUGCUUUCCCCGAAAACGCCUCCGACGAGCGAUACGACUUGAUCGAGAAUAUAUUCCACGAGUAUGAGGAUAUGAUGGAGGUUAAGCAUAAACGUAUAAUGGAAGAGUUGGGUGAAACGGGAUUGUCUUAGUACUAUGAUCUUUAUUAGUG